AUGUUGGACAUUGAGGAUUUCAUCGAGGAGCGCGGUGGAAACCCGGAGAAGAUUCGGGAGAGCCAGCGUCGCCGACAUGCCCCUGUAGAGCUUGUUGACGAGGUUAUUGCCCUCUGGCAAGAUGCGCGAAAGACCCAAUACGGAGUCACCCAGAUCGGUACACAAAUAAACGGCGUUCAAAAGGAGAUUGGUCUCAAGAAGAGGGCCAAGGAGGAUGCGACCGAUCUGCUCAAGGAGAAGGAGGAGUUGACAGAGAAGAAGAAGAAGCAGGAGGAGCUCGCUGCGGCCAAGAACGCAGAGCUAAAGGUCAAGGCCAAGCUCGUCGGAAACUAUGUCCACGACUCCGUACACGUCAGCGACAACGAGGACAACAACACCAUCGAGAGAACCUGGGCGCCCGAGACCUUCGACAAGACCACGCAAGCCGCUCUCUCCCACCACGAUGUGCUCCUGCGAAUUGGAGGAUACGACCCCGUCCGAGGUGUCAAGCUUGUAGGCCACCGAGGUUACUGCUUGACUGGCUACGGAAUGAACUUGGCCCUUGUCAACUACGCCACUUCUUUCCUCUUCAACAAGGGCUACACCCCUAACCAGCCCCCUUUCAUGCUCAACCGCGACCAGAUGGCCAAGACCGCCCAGCUCUCUCAGUUCGACGAGGAGCUGUACCGUGUCUCUGAAGGCCCUACACCUUCUGAGUCUGACCGAUACCUGAUUGCCACCAGCGAGCAGCCCCUUUCCGCCCUCCACGCUGAGGAGUGGAUUCAGCCCGCCGAGCUUCCUAUCAAGUACUGUGGUUACAGCACUUGCUUCCGAAAGGAGGCUGGCAGCCACGGUCGCGACGCUUGGGGUGUGUUCCGUGUUCACCAGUUCGAGAAGGUCGAGCAGUUUGUUCUCUGUGGUCCCGAUGACAGCUGGGACCAAUUCGACCAGAUGAUGGCCAACUCUGAGGAGUUCUACAAGUCUCUCGGCCUCCCCUACCAGGUUGUUGGCAUCGUCACAGGUGCGCUGAACAACGCUGCUGCCAAGAAGUACGAUUUGGAAGCGUGGUUCCCCUUCCAGAAGGAGUACAAGGAGCUUGUUUCUUGCUCCAACUGCACAGAUUAUCAGACACGAGAGCUUGAGAUUCGCCAUGGUGCCAAGAAGGGCAAGCAGAUUGUUGGCGGUGGAAAGAAGGAGUACGUCCAUGCUCUGAACGCUACACUCUGUGCUACUGAGCGAACACUGUGCUGUAUUCUCGAGAACUACCAGACCGAGGAGGGUCUUGUUGUGCCCGAGGUGCUGCGAAAGUACAUCCCCGGCGAGCCGGACUUCCUUCCUUUCAUCAAGGAAGCUCCCAAGGAGGCCGAGAAGGCCGAGAAGAAGGAUGCUGGCAAGAAGGAGAAGACACUCCCUGUCCGCGAGAAGGCAUAA